AUGGCUGAAUCAGCCCCUCCCGGUUGCCGCUCAGACCUGGACUCCAGGUACUACAGACUUUGUGACACAACUGAAGGCUGGGGCAUCGUCCUAGAAACGGUGGCCGCAGUGGGGGCUGUGACCUCAGUGGCCUUCAUGCUCGCUCUCCUGAUCCGCAUCUUCAAGGUGCAGGACUCCAGCAGGCGGGAAAUGCUCCCUACCCAGUUUCUCUUCCUCCUGGGUGUGCUGGGGGUCUUUGGCCUCACCUUCGCCUUCCUCAUCAAACUGGACAGCGGCACGGGGCCCACACGCUUCUUCCUCUUUGGUGUCCUCUUUUCCAUCUGCUUCUCUUGCCUCCUGGCUCACGCUUUCCAAUUGACGAAGCUGGUCCGCGGGCAGAAGCCCCUCUCCUGGCUGGUGAUCCUGGGCAUUGCUCUGGGCUUCAGCCUGGUACAGGAUGUCAUUGCUGUUGAAUAUGUUGUGCUCACCAUGAACAGGACCAAUGUGGACAUUUUUUCUGAGCUCUCUGCUCCUCGUCGCAAUGAAGACUUUGUCAUGCUGCUCAUCUACGUCCUCUUCUUGAUGGUGCUGACCUUUUUCAUGUCCUCUUUCACCUUCUGUGGAUCCUUCACUGGCUGGAAGAGACAUGGGGCCCACAUCUUCCUCACCGUGCUCCUCUCUGGGGCCCUCUGGGUGGUAUGGAUCACCCUGCUCUUUGUUCCCACCCCUGGUGCCCAGUGGGAUGACACCAUCCUCAGCACAGCCUUGGUGGCCAAUGGCUGGGUUUUCGUGUUCGUUUAUGUUGUCCCUGAGUUUCAGCUGCUCACUAAGCAACAAGACCCCAUGGAUUAUCCUGUUGAGGAUGCUUUCUGUAAACCUCAACUCAUGAAGAAGAGCUAUGGUGUGGAGAACAGAGCCUUCUCUCAAGAGGACAUCACUCAUGGUUCUGAAGAGACAGGGGACACACUCUAUGUCCCUUAUUCCACCCAUUUUCAGCUGCAGAAUCGGACGUACCAGAAGGACUUCUCCAUCCCACGGGCCCAUGCUCAAUCUAGCCCUUACAAUGACUACGAAGGAAGGAAAGAGGGCAGUUAA